AUGACCUGUAAAUCCUUCCAAUUUACGUCCCACGUUCCCAUUGUUCACUUCCUUCCCUCUAAUUCAUGACGUAAGUUCGAUGUUGAGUGUAGAAUAAUUGAUCUUGGCUCUAUGUAUAGUGACGUCUAUUUGAUCCGCUGAGCCUUGUGAUGAACAUUUCUGAUGAAGACAGAAUUCAUAUUUAAGUCGUAUAAAUUCUAGAAGAACUUAAAAUAACCUCCAGGUAAAGUCUAGAAAUUUAAACAUCACGAUGACAGCACAAGACUAUUACAGUCACUCUCCACAGACCGUACCAGGUCCAGGUAGAUUCAAACGAACUACUGGAUCCGGAUAUCCUACUUCCACAUAUCAUCAACAACCACAAUCUGAUAUUCCAGGAAAUCAAGGACCAGACAAUCCACCACCUGCUGUUUACAAUUCACAGGGAUAUUCCUCUGAACAAUCAUAUUACCAGCCUCAACGACAAAUUGCUGACCACAAUCACCAACCUCAACAUUACAAUUACCAAACUUCCAACCAGCCACCUUAUCAUGGCGAUGAACAUCAUCAAUAUCCCGCCGUAGGAACCCAAUCGUCUCAACACCUUCCACCUCAUCUUCGCCCUCGUCGUUCAAUAUCUGAACCGCCCGAUCCACGAUAUCUUGCCCAACAUAUACCGGGCUAUCAUCACCGAGGACGUUCAAGAUCUCCUUCGUAUUACUCUUCACCUGAAAGAUCACCAUCACGAUCUAGGAAUCGUGCUCAUCCACAUUCUCGAGCUCACUCUACAAGAUCUCUGAGUCGAGAUCGACGUAGCCACUCACAUUCACGUUCCCAAAACCCACGAUCAUCAAGAGCUCAAGCUCGACAUGACCACAAAGAUAGAAAUACAUUUUUGGGAGCAUUUGGCGGAGGAGCAAUUGGUGAUUUGAUAAUGCCUGGAUUAGGAACGUUAGGAGGGGCAUUGCUAGGAGGUGUUGGAGGAAGGGAAGUUAGUAGAAAUGGGCGAAGGAAUGAAAAGACCGGGAGAAAAGAAGGUAGGAGGAUACUGGGGGGGUCAAGGAAAACUUAUGACCAGGAAUGGAGGGAGGGAAGGAUUGAAAGGGGUGAAAUAAGUGAGUAAUAUCGUUAAUAGGACUGAAAGGAGGAAAUAAAUUAUCUGUAUAAACGAUUUAAGUGUUUUUGUAUGAAAGUAUAGAUUAAUAAUAAUUGUCGCUGCCAUGUUUUAUUUCUGGAAUGAAUACCGUGCUUCAGGCUUCAGCUGGAGAGCCCGGCAAUGAAUGUAUGGUUUAAUGUCGUCUUUCGCAUCCGGACUGAAGCAAGCCGAUAAUUGUCGUGGUACGAAGAGGGCAU